UCCGAACAUUACGUAUCAUCGGCCAUCGCUAAUUUCUAAUUUGGCAUCUCAGUUUCCUUCAGUGUGCCUUCUUCACUCUCACUACAGCUUCGAUCGAGUUCAAGGUUUUGUUUCUCUACGAUAAAAUGGCGGAUUCAUCAUCGUUAUUGUACAAUCAGCUCAAGGUUGCUAAACCGUUCUUCUUGUUGGCUGGUCCAAAUGUGAUUGAAUCCGAAGAACAUGUUCUUCGAAUGGCUAAAAGCAUUAAAGAUAUUGCCACAAAGCUUGGGUUGCCUCUGGUUUUCAAGUCAAGUUUUGAUAAAGCUAACAGAACUUCAUCAAAGUCAUUCCGAGGUCCUGGCAUGGCUGAGGGUCUGAAGAUUCUUGAGAAGGUGAAAGUAGCAUAUGAUCUACCAAUUGUUACUGACGUUCAUGAAUCGAGCCAGUGUGAAGCAGUCGGCAAGGUUGCAGAUAUAAUUCAGAUACCGGCGUUCUUAUGUCGUCAGACAGAUCUUUUGGUUGCGGCUGCCCAAACUGGGAAAAUAAUCAAUAUAAAGAAGGGACAAUUUUGUGGUCACUCUGUCAUGAGAAACUCGGCCGAGAAGGUUAGACUCGCAGGGAAUCCAAAUGUGAUGGUUUGUGAAAGAGGAACGAUGUUUGGAUACAAUGAUUUAAUAGUAGAUCCACGAAAUUUGGAAUGGAUGAGGGAAGCUGAUUGUCCCGUUGUUGCUGAUAUAACUCAUUCAUUACAACAACCUGCUGGCAAGAAGUUAGAUGGUGGGGGUGUUGCUAGUGGAGGCCUUCGCGAAUUGAUACCAUGCAUAGCAAGAACCGCUGUGGCUGUUGGUGUCGAUGGUAUAUUCAUGGAGGUGCAUGAUGAUCCUUUAAGUGCACCAGUCGAUGGUCCAACACAAUGGCCUCUGCGUCAUCUAGAAGAAUUACUGGAAGAGCUCAUUGCAAUAGCGAGUGUCUCAAAGGGGAAACAGCAGUUCCAAAUCGAUCUCACGCCUUAUCGUGAUUAGAGUCAAGGGAUGUAUUACCCACCCAGGUCUCAGAUUCAUGUUGUGUGCAACUACACCUUAUAAUAUCUCAAUAUUGUCGGAGCAAUACGCCAAUACGCAUUAUUUAUCUGUUUGUAGGCAGUCUGCAAAAUACAUCUCCCAACAGUGACUUAUGUAUUUUCAUUUUUCAAAGUAACUGAUGUUGCCUAAUAUCAGAUGCUUAAGUUUGUUUUUAUAUUAUUAGAAGAAAUAAACAACAGUUAUUUACUUCUUAUAUCUACAGAAGAUACAUUUUCUAAACG